AUGGCAAAGUUUCGACCCGCGCAAAUCGAGACUCUUGAAGCCUAUAAACACAUCUCACCCGACUCGGGGUUUCCGACUGUGGUGCAUGCUAACUACAACCCCAAGAUCAAGGAUCAUAUUCCUCAAGACCCCCCUCAUAAAGAAUUCACACCUCCCAAAGAUAGGGGUUCAUAUGCCGACACAGAGAAGAAAUCAUUGUUUUCUGUUGCCAAGCAAGUUGACCUGACUGAAAGCAUCGGUAGCAUAUCCCCCAAUCCAACAUGUCUCCGUCCGAGAAGUACUAACUGGGGCUAAGGUACUGAGCUGAAAGAUGUUCAACUGAGCCAGCUGAACAACCAGCAAUUGGAUGAAUUAGCUGCGUUGGUCAAUGAACGCGGUGUGGUCUUUUUCAGAGACCAAGACUUGACAACAGAGCGGCAGGUUGAGAUCUUCGAGCAUUUUGGGGUUUUGGACAAACAUACUACACAGCAGGUACUACUCUGCCUGGAGCUCGGAGCUCCUUUUGCAGGAGAAAAUGGAAAGGAAUUUAUUUUCUAACGGAUUUAGGGAGGUGGAAAACAUUUCAUAGUGCGAGGAAGCAACGCGGAUUGGAGAACUGUGUCGAAGUAUACACCAUGGCCGAUGAUGGAGUUUCAUGCGGAUACAAGCUUUGAGAUCAACCGUACGUGUUACUUCGGCCAUUUCUGUCCCUUCUCGUACCUUUUCUGAUUGAAAACAGCACCCAGCUAUUCCCUUCUCCGUAUGGAAGAGCAUCCGGAAGUUGGUGGAGAUACUGCCUGGGUAUCUCAGUACGGUCUUUACGACGAGUUGACUCCCCAGAUGCAAGCCCUAUUUGAAGGCCUUCAUGCAGUACAUACCUCUCGUCUUCAGUAUGAUACUACUAUCGUAAGUACAGUACCACCAUUGCAAUCCUUCCCUAUAUUUGAUGGCAUAUCACGUUCAUUUAAUAGUUCCACUGCCUGUAAGACAAUUAUAGGCAUUCAUGAAGGUUGAUAUUUAAGAGUUUGGGUGAAUGAAUGACUGACCCAGUUCUAACAGGACUACUUCGGUGACAAGCCUAACCGCCCACCAAUCGAUACUCACCAUCCAGCAGUUCGUACUCAUCCUGUGACUGGCCUGAAAGCCCUCAACGUGAAUCUCGCCUACUGCACUGGAUUUGCUGAGCUAAAGAAGAUGGAAUCAGAUGCUCUGAUGCAGUUCUUGAAUUUACACAUCAAUAGUUCAGAUGAUCACUACGUCAGAUGGAAGUGGGCAGUGGGAAGUAUUGCUAUAUGGGACAACGUAAGAAUUCUGACAAUCCGAUAUCUGAGCUAACAAAGCUGAAAUAAAUUCAGAGAGUAACACUCCAUCGGGUGAUACCGGGGACCUACCCUAUGGGCGCAAGAAGAGGAAUACGAACUACUGUUUUUGGAGAAAAACGUGAGUCCACAUCUGUCCAACAAUUGUCAAAUAGUUACUGAAAAUGAGCCAGCGUUUUAUGAUCCAAAUAGUGAAGGACGUCAGCAAAGGGGGGAGAGAAUCAGUAACGAGAAGAAAUGA